GCGAGAGUCAAGAACGUUGUGAUCACGAUGAGUCCGAAGACUUUCACAUUGAUGCUGCUGCUGCUUAUAGUGCAGCAGCUGAUGACCAUGUCACUUGCGUCCUACAUAAAGGGCGCCAGUUCGACAACCGAGAUGGCGUCGACCACACCCACCAGCCCACUGGCAAGUGGGUCAGAGUCAUUGGCCAACAAGGUUGAGGAAUUCCCAGCCAUUGCACCCGUUCAAGACUCGGAUGGGGACAAUCAAUCGAAUCUUUUAAAGCCUCCUCCAUUGCCUGAGGCGGACGUCGACCCCUUGCGCCGUCGUCUCGUCACCUAUGAUCAGCGGCAAGAGGGUCAAUACAACAUCCGGGCGGAUUUGGAGAACUUUAUGAUCUUACUUAUACCACAAGGGCCUCAAGAGGGGCUAAGUUUAAUAGAUCUCCUAUCGAAAUCUUCCCUACGCAACGGAGUCACAUCGAAAAGUUCCAAACGCAAGCAUCCCCUGAGAAGUUCAUCACUGAAGUCCUUCUAUAAUCGCCAUCAUUCGCCCUUGCACCAGCCUUCGCAGCCAGCCUUGGGCUUGCCGGAGUUCAUUGAGGGCCGCACUCCUUAUCAUGUGGACAUCUCGGCCAGUGAUGAUGAGCAGGCACGUCUGCAGGCGCGUCAGCAAGUUGAUGUGUUGCCUCCACAACUGAUCCCCAUGCCCCAGCUGAUUAAACCGUAUCAUUUGGAGGCGGAACCAGAGCUGAUUCAAGCCCUGCCCCCAGCUGUGCCUUCCGCUUCGAGCAGUACAGCGGGAUCGAGUCUGCUUGAGGGUUACAACCAAGCUGGUUCACAUUACUAUCGCAACUCGCGCUCCCUUAGAGGUGAGACUUACUUGGAUACCAACCGCUUGGCCAUUGGAGAUUUGUCCCCACAAUCUCAACCGCGGUCUAUAAGUGUGCCCAUCUAUCGCAGUGAGCUCGGUGCUCAGGCCAAUGCCCUUUAUCCACCUGUUGAUGCCCCCGCCUAUACUAUGAACGGAGCACGCAGUUGGCAACUGGACGAGGAGCCGACUCCAAUUCAUGUCCAACCCAAGGAGUUCGUGGACACAGAUGUCAUAAGCUUUGACUUGCUUGGCGACGAUCUGGCCGACUCGAAGUCACUGCUACGCGAUGGACUGGCCCGUUGUGCCCGUGGUGAACGGCGAGACAGCUAUGGAGCUUGCCGCCAGAUUGAGGGGUAUUAAGGAUUCCUCGAACGAGAACUCGUAGACUGCUAAAUAAAAUGUACUUACUUUUUUUGCAAAAGUUUUAAGCUAAGAAAUUUUACAAAUAAAUCAAACCCUUGAAAAUA